CGCGCCGCGGCCCCGAUCAGGAAGUGAAUUUGAAGAAAAUAAGAGACUGUGGAGGUAGAAUGACAUAGAGGGGGAGAGGUGGGAGAGAAGCAAACGGAGAAAGAAGAGACUAAACGGAGGGAGGGAACGACCCUGUUUCUGGAUCCGUACUGAGCUAUUUCCCUCUAGGAUAUAUUGCACCGCCAAAAAAUGCUCAUAAAAGAAUUUCGAGUGAUCCUUCCCAUCUCUGUGGAGGAGUACCAGGUCGGCCAGCUGUAUUCUGUGGCCGAGGCCAGUAAGAAUGAGACGGGCGGAGGAGAGGGGGUGGAGGUGCUGAAGAAUGAGCCCUACGAGAAAGAUGGAGAGAAGGGACAGUACACACACAAAAUUUAUCAUUUGCAGAGUAAAGUGCCGUCAUUCGUCAGAAUGCUGGCUCCAGCAUCGGCUCUCAACAUCCACGAGAAGGCCUGGAAUGCAUAUCCAUACUGUCGCACAGUUAUCACUAAUGAGUAUAUGAAAGAUAACUUCCUGAUCAAGAUUGAGACAUGGCACAAACCUGACAUGGGACACCUCGAAAAUGUACAUGGACUGGAUGCAGAAACCUGGAAGAAAGUGGAUGUAGUCUACAUUGAUAUUGCGGACAGGAGCCAAGUGGAGCCUAAGGACUACAAGCCAGAGGAGGAUCCUUCCAAGUUCAAGUCAGUGAAGACAGGUCGAGGCCCUCUAGGACCAGACUGGAAGAAGGAGCUUCCUAAGAAGACAGACUGCCCACACAUGUGUGCCUACAAGCUGGUCACUGUCAAAUUCAAGUGGUGGGGCCUGCAAAAUAAAGUGGAGAACUUCAUCCAAAAGCAAGAGAAGCGUUUGUUCACUAAUUUCCACCGUCAGCUUUUCUGCUGGAUCGAUAAGUGGAUUGAGUUGAACAUGGAAGACAUUCGUCGUAUGGAAGAAGAGACACGCAAGGAGUUAGAUGAGAUGAGAGUUAAGGACCCAGUAAAAGGGAUGGUGGCUCUAGAGGACUGAGGUUGUGUCGGAUGGUGAAUGCUGCUGCUCAUCAGAUCAGACCAGUAUACCCAGACACCAGCGGAUUCACAUCCUCCUUCUGUUCCAACUGACACAACAUCUGACCAGCUGGUCCAAACCCUCUCUCCUUGGUACAAUUUGGUUUUCAGGGACCUGGACCCAGUAAAGUCCCAGUUCAGCUGAUCUACUCCUGCCAUCCCAAACCCCAGCCCCUUCUCCUUUUUUCCCAUCCAGUCCUGCCAUCUUACCAACUGCUCUGAAGCCUCCAGUAGCAACACUAUAGAUCCUGUAAGAUGUCAGUCUCUCUCUCUCUCUCUCCUUAUCUCUCUCUCUCUCUCUCUCUCUCUCUCUCUCUCUCCCUCUCUCUCUCUCUCUCCAAACCAUUCUAAACUACAGAGACUAGUGUAAUUUAUCUCUGCAAUUUAGGAUUUAUUUCUAUUUAAGAUAUCCCACAGGUGUAUAUAUAUGGUAUAUAUUGGGGAGCUGAGUAAUUGUACCAAGAUAUAUAUAAAUAUAUAUAUAUAAACAGGGUUUUUAAAAUGAUUUUGUCUGUAAGUUUGUCUGUGGAUGUUUAUUUUUUCCAGACCAAGCUGUAUCUGCUCAGUGUUGCAUUUUGAUCUUGUGACUCUUCUGUUUGUUUUUGCUUUCUUUCUUUCUUUCUUUCUUUCAUUCUUUCUUUCUUUCUUUCUUUCUUUUUUUUUUUUGAUUUGUCAUAGUUACUAAGUAUUACACCUCCCUCUUUCCAUUCUUAUCAUGCCUCAUGCAGCGUUUCCUUUUGUUACUCAAAUCAAACUGCAACUCCACAAACCACAGCCGUGAUGUUGGGAUUGUUUUGAGAGUGUUAGUAAUGACCAAUCUUGUUUAUGCUGUACCCUUGACCUACCAGAUAGGUUACUUUCCUAGUAUUUCCCCAACGUGUUAAUUAAGGCAUCCCGUGGCUUUCUUGCUGCUUUUUUGGUUUGCGUAUGUUUGAGUGUGUGUGUGUGUGUGUGUGUGUGUGUGUGUGUGUGUGUUUGUGUGUGUAGUGUCGGCCAUGUUGAUUUCCAGGCAUAUCAUCUUUGUAUUCCUCCACCAGACCAUUCCUCCCUCCAUCAAAUCAGCUCCUUGGUUUAUUCAGAGCGUUCAAACAGACUGCUUGAAAGCGCUGUGAUUGUGAAUCACAUCUCAGUUCAAAUACACGCAGAGAGUCUGCAAGGAUAGAGCUAAAAACUUAGUACACUAAAUGGAUAGACAGCGAUAACAGCCAUAAAUGAGUGUAAGUUUUUUGUAUCUGUGGCAGUCUUUAAAUCUACAGACUCUUCAUGUCUUUACAGUUGUGUAUGUAGUUAUUAGCACCAUAAUUUGAACAGCGACAGCCAGCAUGGACAGACCGCUCCUCCUUUUGGCUCUAGUUGGAUAAAUUGUUCUUCAGAGGCUACAGCUGAACUGUGUUGAAAUUAUCUUCAUCUGUUCUUGCCCUAUAGCCCAUUCUUUCACCUCCGAUGGAUAAACGGUCUUAUCCAGCAAUAGCAAUAACUACCAUGACACUUUAUUGUUGCAAGUCUAUCCUGCUUGACUGUUUGUUUCCAACCUGAGAGCGGUUUUAAAAUAGAGCCCAAGCUGAAGGUCAAGGGUGGAUAAAGGUGUUGGAUAUUAAUUAUUCAUAAACUGAUUAUUUGGUCUCUGUUUGGACAGGGUGGUUUUUCUCCUGUUAAACUUUGAAGUCUGUUUUUUUUUUUUUUUUUUUUUUUUUUCAUUUUUUUUAGGUAAUAGUGUGGCGUGUCAGUAUAUGCAUGAGUGUACGUGUGUUUGAUGUAGCGUGUCUGUGAAGUGAUCUGAUGCUGGCUGGGUAAGGCAGUGUAGGAGGAAGUGAUUUAGCAAGAGGAGUGAUAGCUGCAGGCUCUGCAAUGAGGCACGAUGUUGACGUCCGUUUGCCCUCCUUUGUACUAAAUUGCCUUUACCCUCUGUUCCAUCCUUUCCUUACUUCUCCUCCUCCUCCAUAUUUUUUAACCACUUGAACACAUUUAAAGAGCAAGCAACAGAUAAUUUGACCAGAGAGCAAUGCCACGCGAUUAGUUUAGGGCACCGCUAGUCAGGUUUUCAUGGCCUAAAAUCACAUCAAAACAAUGAGAUGAUUAAGUUGAUGAUCAUUUUCUUAUCUCUCUCAACUUUGCUGAAGUUCUCAUCCAAAGGUCACAGCAAGUGUGGCCAGUGGAGAAAGCUACAUUAGCUGCUGGAGUUUGACGAAUACGAGUUUUUGACAGCCCAUAAGUAUACUGGUGAGCAGAUAUUUUUUAAUUAUCAUUAAAUUUGGUAAUAUUCAUUCCACUGAUGAUGAUGAUGAUGAUAGUACUACGACUACUACUACCUACUAACAACAACAACAACAAUAAUGUAAUAAUAAUAAUAAUAAUUUAAACUAUUUAAUGUUUCUCCACUAAAUCUGAUUUCUGGCAAAGUGGAAAACACCUCUGAAAUAGCAUUUACAUCAGUGGGAUACAAAACUAUAAUUAGUAUUAUUUCAAUAAUCAUAAUCAUGCAUGUUUGUGUGGAAUCCAGUCAACAUGCUGCUGAAGUUUAACUUCCAGCUAAGGUUUCUCCACGGGGAAUCAGCGUGGUAUUGGUGAGUUGUAAAAUGAACCUGAAAGUGGACAAUAUGAUUGACAGAUAUCCAGUUUUUAAUGAAAGGCCGUAGUCAUUAUGGGUCUAAUCCAAGCAGCUGCUGUACUUUCUCCACUAUCAGAUCUUUUCUCAGAUGGGAGCAGAAUCUAACUUUUGCAGGUUAUAGCACCAAAAGUGAAUUUCUUGUUGAAUUUCAGUCUGAUUAUGGAAUUUUACAUGAAUCUGACGUCGCGUAGGCGAAUUCCAUUUAGCCCAAAAAAUAAUCAACAAUCUCCAUAUCUGUUACUUAUUUAUUUAUUUGUAACGAGUAUUGUAUUUAUUUUAUUUAUUUCACCCAAGGUUCCCUCCGUUACACUGAGAAGAGGUUUGUUUUGAGUGCAGCAGUGACUUGUCUUCAAGGACAUCAGCCACCAUCUAUCAGUGAAUUUAGCAAAAUUCUUAAUAAUGCAGAUGUUGAUUUCCGUAUAUUCAGGGUAAGCACUAUAAAUGAAAGGAUACAUUUUGCUGUAUUCCAUCCAUUGGAUCUGCUUAUUGCUUAACAAAUCUCGCUAGUGUUAGUGAACUGGCCGGCUAGAGCCAGUCCUCUGUGUGUUUGCCCAUCUUCAUGAUGUCACACGGUGAAACUGAUGAUUAAAUUUAUUUUAUAGACCAUUGUCCCAGUUUAAGGUCACAUUGGAGCACUGUUCUCGAACCAAGAUGAGCUUCUGCAUUUAUGUGAUCCAUCCUAAGGACAAGCACAGUAGUCAUUACAAAAUGAAAAACCGCUCUGCCAAUUACUGGCAUCUAUUCAGGCAUCAUAGUUUUAGCCCUGCUUCAGUGAAACAUCCAGCAAAUCAACAGUGGUGAUAUUUGUUUAAAUAAUAGGAGAAUUAUAUGCAUUCUUUGGCCUUUUUCAUUAUUUUCUAUAGCUGUGACACCAAGUGUAAAAACCAUUGUUUGCAAGCCAUUUUCUGUUGCCUCCUCUUUAAACAAAACGCUGGCCAUGGAAGCCGAACCGCUCCACCUCCCUCUCUCUCUUUUUCUCUCUCUCUGACCAUCAAGCAUCUCACUCAGUGUCUGUGAUGACAUGGGCUACCAACUGAACCAUGGAGAUUUGUGGAUGUACUGUAUGUAUUGAUAUUGUAAAUAGUAUAUAAAUUAAUGUAGAUGAACACAUAUAUAUAGAUCAGACUGUCCUGCCAAACCUUACAGCACACCCUCUUGGCGCUCGGCGCUCCAAUCCCAUCGCUAAACCUUAGGCGUUACACAGUCCAACAUUGAGAGAGUUGCUUUCAGCGAGGUACAAAUGUGAGGAAACGCAGACUUGGCUCAAGUUAUAGAACAGUAGUUAUGCUGACAUGAAAGCUUUGAGUAGAACUUAGCAAUAUUGUGAGCUUUGAUCUAAGAAUGACAUUCCUAUGAAGGGUUACAAUGUUGUGGCUCUGUAAAAUAUUUGUGGAUGCUCAUCCAUAUAGUUGUGUGGAACUACCCAGAUACACUUUUCUGAGGUGAUUUGCUGUGGGGUUUGUAGAUUUUAGAUUUUCUGCUCAUUCAGAAGAAUAGAAAAAAAAAAAGCAAAAGCCCCAUAACCUCCUCACAACUCCCUCUCCUGAUGUCCGCCCCUCGCUGAGACCCCGUCUCCUUGGCAGGACAGUGUAUAAAUAUAUUUUUGUUCUGGAUGUUGUUGUACCUCUUGUCGUCAGUCUCUGAACUACGCUCACUUCUCUCACGGAAAAGGAACAUAAUGGCAGCUUGGGUCAGUUCAUUGAUCCACAUAAGUAGCUGAUGGUGUCGGCCCAGAGUUGAGCCUCGGUUCACGUUGGAUUUUGUCCUCCUACAGUAAAGUGAAAUGAAUCUACAUUUGGGUGCAGCUUCCACCUGGUGCUCAAGGGUUGGGGUUUAUAGCUAGAAGGCAGGCAAAAGCAAUUAGGCAGACAUGCUUGUUCAAAAACUCACUGACAGUGCAGUCGGUCAGUUUUAAGAGCCUGAAGAUACCUUUACAAACUUUGUGAGAGAUCAUGGUUUAAAAGAGACAAUCUCAUAGAUAUCUCGUCGUUAGAUUCCUUAAUUUAUAAUCAGAAUAUGAAACCAAACGAUUCCAGAACCCCGAACUGUUUUCAGAUCUCUCUCUCUCUCUUUCUCUCUCUCUCUCUCUCUCUCUCUUUCUCUCUCUCUCUCUCUCCUGUUGACUUGUCUCCUGUUUUUCUUUCUUUUAUUGUGAAUUUGUGCCUUUUUGUCAUCUUAUCUUCCAAUAACACUACUGUACAUUGGAGAAGUAAAGAAAUGAAUAAAAAGAAGCAAAGCAACUGUA